AAUGAAAUGUGCAGUAUAUACUGCGUCAUGAGAAAUAUGAUACAGCUGUAAAGACAACCAAUGCUGCAUGAGAGUUGAACCCACUAGAACGUAGGAAUUCAAAAAUAAAAUACAAAUGACAAAUAACAGCGCAUUAAACACAAGUGCAUUUCUAUCAUAAUUCUGACGUUAAAGUCAAAGCAGAGGAAAAGCUGGAUAAAUGACAAGACUUAUAAUAACUUCCAUGCCGUCACAAACGAAGACACAGCGGGUCAAGUUGAAGAGGCGCUGGACAUUUUCCGGACCGGAUAUACUAGGUUACCUGCUCAAAAUGUGUCAGCGCUUCUUGGGAUAUAUCGCCACAGCAGCUGUAGUAAUAUCUAUCUUAUCCCUCGUAAUUAUUCUGAACUACACGGAUAACAUACAGAGAGGGAUUGUUCAGAGGAAAAAGCUUGAUACCAAGCAAGUGCUAAACCGUCCGUAUCUCGGUGAAUGGUCUCUUAUUCAAAAAGUGACGACGGCGACAACAAUGGUUUCACAACACACAACAUCGAACCUGUCGUCAGAGCUUAUGGCGAUAACGCCCAACCCUGAACUCGAUAGGCUCAUUAAUGCAUCGUCUAAAGCGAAGUAUCCAGUUACAAUUAACGGAAAGUACAUAUUUGAAAAUCCUCAAUUGUGUUCAUCAGUGGCAAAUUUGUCGGUACUAAUAAUUGUGCAUACCGCUCCGGAUCAUUUCGAAAUGAGGCUGGCGAUACGCAGGACGUGGGCGAACGACACGUUUUACCGGAAAAUGGGGGUCGCCCGGGUGCUCUUCCUUCUGGGGCAGGUUGGGGAUUCGGCGCUUCAGAUGAAGAUGGAAGCUGAGUUCAAUGAGUACCGCGACAUGCUGCAAGGGGAUUUCCGAGAUUCCUACCGGAACCUCACUCACAAGGGCGUCAUGGGGUACAAGUGGAUCACAGAACGAUGCAGAAACGCGAAAUUUAUUUUAAAAACUGACGAUGACAUUGUUCAUAUUGUUUACUCGAGUCUUACCAAAGUUUGA